AUGGGCAUCCCGACAAAAGCAUACGUUGUGGAGGAAAAAGGAGCGCCGUUCGUGCUGAGGGAUGUCGUUCUUGAUGCACUGCAGCCAGAUGAGCUUCUUGUCGAGAUUAAAUUUACCGGCUUGUGCCAUACCGAUCUCGUCGUUCAACAAGGAGACCUCCCAGGCAGCUUCCCUGUUGUCCUCGGCCACGAAGGAGCCGGUAUCAUCCGUGAGGUAGGCUCAGGGGUGCAGAACAAGGCGUUAAGAGAAGGGGACCAGGUAUUUCUCAGUUUCCGAUCGUGUCAAGAAUGCACAACCUGUCUGAGCGGCAAGUGUGGUGCAUGCAUUCAUACCACUGAUUACAACUUCGUCCGGUCUCGUCUGGACAGCUCAAAACCCUCGCCGAUUAGUCUGCCAGAUGGAACGGUCGUUCAUGGGCAAUUCUUUGGACAGUCUUCGCUAAGCCGAUUAGCCGUUGUUUCUGAGCGUUCUGUUGUCAAAUGUGACACCGAGUUUGACCUCCAGACCCUGGGUCUCCUCGCCCCUCUUGGGUGUGGCUAUCUCACAGGUGCUGGAACUGUAGCAAAUGCUUUGCAACCAGACAAGACAUCCACAGUUGCCAUCCUGGGAAUGGGUACGGUGGGUAUCGCGGCACUCCUUGCAGCCAAGGCCCUUGGAGUUACCGAAAUAAUAGCCGUUGAUAUUGUCGAUCAAAAGCUCGAACUCGCAGCUGAACUUGGAGCGAGUCAUACUAUCAAUACCAAGCACGACCCUCAACUGUCGCAAACCAUUCGCAAGCACAUCCCCGAGGGGGCAGACUUCAUCCUGGAUGCAACAGGUGUUCCGUCGGUUAUCCAGGCGUCUCUUGGAGCAUUAGCCCACGGGGGUACAUUGGCCCUUGUUGGAGCCAUGCCUCCAGGUACACAGCUUCAGGUUGAUGCGUUGGACAUAUUGACGGGGUGCAAGAAGAUCAUUGGUGUUAUUGAGGCGUGGUCAGAUCCCCAGGAGCUUAUUCCGCAGCUCGUGCAGUGGUACAUGGAUGGAAAGUUUCCCGUUGACAAACUUGUCAAGCUCUAUCCCGCCGGUGAUCUAGAUGGAGCACUUGGUGAUCUCAGAGCAUGUCGAGUCAUAAAGCCGGUCUUGUCGUGGGACGAUCUAGUAUUGUGA